GAGAGUGAGUUUUCAAGCGUGUUCACAUAGUAGAGAACACUAGUCAUAUUAUUUGAAUACUCGCAUUAAAUAGUGUGACGGUGAUUUCAUCGUGUACCACAAUGUGAACACAAUAAACACGCUCUGGACCACACUGUGGAAAAAUGUAUUCUUUCGGGUAGCUAUUAUUAUGAUGUGAUUUAUCUUCACUUGUUUUUUUUUCUUUCUUUAAAGAGAGAUGUUAUUUGCAGAGAGGCUUCCGUAACAAAACCUCUCGCAGAUCAUUUAUUGUCCCACUCGCAUCAGAAAAGGUAUUGUUCUCCCUUUUACUCCGAGGCCAGAGAGCUAUCAUUGCGAAUGUUAGCGAACACUUCAGUCAUUUGGUAUGGAUGGAGGUGACUUUCUCGUCAAAUACAGUACAUUAAUUAAUGGCGGCACCCAAGGCGUCGAGAUUUCUACCCGUUCUUUUCUGCUUGUUGGCGUUAUGUAUGUGGUUGUUUCUGUCAGUUGCUGAAUAUGUAUUAUCAGAAUUCCAUCAAAAACCUUCAUUAGUACCACCAAGAAAGAUCACUUUAAAAGAUCCAAUAAAAGAAAUUCGGUCUAUGGAAGCGAUAUCUGACCCGUUAAAAGAAAACCAAGCUUUGAAAUUGCUACCUCCGAAUUUCUAUAUCAGAACAAAAGUUUCGAAGAAACUGAAAAAAUGGCAGGCGAUUCAGAUCUACAAGAGGAACGUUAAACCCGAAAACUUUGAUUUCAAAGUUAAUGAAACCUUGUUGCUCCGGGAUAAUAAAACGGAAUCGAUUCCUGCUCUACAGACAUGCGCAGUGGUUGGAAACUCUGGAAUAUUAUCUGGCAGCAGCUGUGGAAAAGCAAUAGAUGACCAUGACUUUGUUUUCAGGAUGAACUUAGCGCCGUUUGGGCGCGACUAUGGAAAAGAUGUAGGCUACAAGGCCAAUACCACGACACUGAACUUCUCGCAGCUCAUGUCGAUGGCGAGAUGCGCUAAAGGACGCUUCAAGAAAAUGUCAUCUAGUUGCUCAAAGAUGUUGACAAAUAUGAAAUUGUACAAUAAUUCUGUGAUAUGGUACUCGAAAGGGAGUUCGCGGAAAGGCAACAUGAACGUUUUGGCACGAGCAAUGAAAGAUGAAUUCAACUUCACGGCGGGAUGGGCAUAUAGUCCCGUGAGUCUAUUUGGUGCUGUUCCAAGAAUAUGGGGCAAACGGCUACCUUCGACCGGUCUUCUGAUCCUAUCAGCAGCAUCUUUAUUCUGUGAAAGGAUCACAAUGUUUGGUUUUUAUCCAUUUUCUGUCGAUGCACAAAACAGGACGUUAUCCUACCAUUACUACGACUCGGCGAAGAUGGACUAUGCAAAGAAUCCACACAAGAUGCCUGUGGAAUUUAAACUCUACAUGGAGUUACAAAAGAAAUCGGCAGUGAAACUUCAGCUUGGGAAUUGUAAUUGAUUAGGCCAGCGACGACUGUGUGUUUGAAACAAAUUAAAGGAUUCGAAAUAAAAUCGAGAUUUUUUUUUGGGGGGGGUGGUAAUUUUACCAUUAUUAAAAUGAUAUACGAGACUAACAGAAAAUCCUGAUGACUGUUCAUAUUCUUUGUCCAUGAGUCUUUGUUUGAUUUUGAUUGGCUGAUGUUCAGCACUUUUAAUCAGUAUUGGAUAAGAUCCAUACAGUUCUCUUUCAACAACUCUGUGAGCGCAUUUCAUAUAGCUAGGUUAAAGCCACAAAUAAAGAUUAGGCAUACCUGAAAUCUUUAACUUCUCAGCUUGAAAAAAUGGCUGCACCACCCCACCCCCCUACCGAAAAAAAUAAUUACCUGUUAUCCUCCAGAUGCCUUAUACAUGUUAUAAGGCCUCCACCGAACGUCUCUUGGUAUCGAAAGCCACAGCUCUGGCUUCUGCCCAUCGGCGACCUCCAUCCAACAAAGCCAGGUCCUUUCUUUUUCUACUGAUCGCCGCCAAAUUGUUUUCGGGUCUGCCCCUCUUCCUUUUCCCUUCUGGUGCCCGGGUAAAUGCUGUGUUGCAGAUGCGUU